AUGCCCAAGUCGACGACGACGACGACUUCGACGAUGCACCACGCGACGGAUUCAGGAGGCCACGCCGCCAUGAAGAAGCAGUGGCAGACGAACUUGGAGAUUGACUUGCUCAAGAACGCGUGGAUCCGCAAAGACCGCGAGCAGUAUGGAGCCCACUCGACGCCUCCACUUUCAGCUGCCAAGUGA